CUUUUCACAACACCACACCGCAUCUCGUAGAAGCGAGAGGCAAAGCACCAAACGGCGGCGGCAGUGGGGCGGCCGAUCGUCAGCCCAGGCUCGAUCGUCAUGUCUUCAGCAGGAACUGGAUCACGAGGUCGCGGAAACUACGGAAGGGCCGACAGAGGCAGGUCGGAUAGAAACAAAGCGCCCACACAGCAGCCGUUCCGGGCCUUAUGUGUGGAGGGCAUCAGAUCGCGGGACACAUGAGGAUCUCAUCGCAGUUAGUCUCGACCUGAAUUCUUAUGGAUUUGAAUACUUCUGCGCUCAUUGCGAUCAAUUGGAGGAGAGGCUCGAGCGGCGAGUAAGUUACGAUAGCCACGGCACAGUGGGCAACAGAGGCGUGAGUGGGAAAGAGCCGAGUUCAAGCCGUGGUAGCUCCCAGAAUCCAUACAUGAGCUCACAAGUAGCAGCCGCAGCCGCAGCAGCAGCAGCAGAAGCAUCCGCUGGAACUGGAGUCCCCCACGCAGCAGGAGCAGAAGUAGCAGCAACACUGUCGGGUGGCAUAUCUGGAGCUGGUGCCGGAUCCUCAGCCGAUGAUUUACGUGACGUGGGCGCCGGUGACGCUUGCGGCGUGGGCGCCUCGUCGUCGGCAGCCAGUAGAUAUACGGAGGAAGAACCCAUGGACGUAGAUGAAGAGUGUGUCGACGGAGAAGAAGCGCCGGAGGAAGAGGCAAAGGAGGGAGAUCGGGAGUUAUGGAUGAAUGUCGAGUUACAAACUGCCAUUGCGAAACAAGCGAGGAUGGUCUUGGACACUCUCCCCAAGAUAGCCGGCAACGGCACGCUGACUCCACCACAGUCGAUGAAGGAGCGGCAUCUGCCGCCCAAGUAUGUAGCGGCAGCGUUUAAUCGACUUUUCCCUGACGCCCCGACAUGCCGGCCCGCAGACAGCCCGGAGAAGCGCGCCGCUGCGGCGAUGAAAGCGGCACNGAAGGAGCGGCAUCUGCCGCCCAAGUAUGUAGCGGCAGCGUUUAAUCGACUUUUCCCUGACGCCCCGACAUGCCGGCCCGCAGACAGCCCGGAGAAGCGCGCCGCUGCGGCGAUGAAAGCGGCACAAAAUACGCGCGGUACCCGACGUUGGCAGGGUGGUGGUUCCGUUGGCGGGCAGGUAUUCCUGCACGGCCUCAGGGUGCCCUCUCGUCUUGGAAAGUGCCAAGAAGGCGGCCAACAAAAAAAAGUGGUUAUUGCGGAUGACGGGUGGGACGAGGCCACCAUCCGCGAGCAUUGCCCAAACGGCGCUUCCUUUACCACAAUGGACGACAGGUACAUGCAGUUGCUACCUGAGGAGAUUGUCUCGCGAUUGCUUUUUCGCUACUUUAGGCAAAAUGGCACGUCAGAGACUCUACUGGACCAAGUGAGGGCGACGGAGGGCGAUCUGCAGGUGCAACCCUAA